AUGCCUAAAACUGUAAUGAAUAGCUUGUUUUAUCCAAAUAUUUUCUCCUUCAUCACCUUGGUUCUGUCAAUAAACUCUCUUCUCCUCUCUACUUGUUAUUCUAUUGAUGAACAAGGCCAAGCUCUUUUAACAUGGAAGAACAGUUUAAGCAGCCCCACUGAUGCAUUGAAAAAUUGGAAUUCUGCAGACUCCAGUCCAUGCAAAUGGUUAGGGAUCUACUGCAACUCAAAUGAAGAAGUGGUGAAUAUAUUCCUGAAUGGAGUAGAAUUGGAAGGUCCAUUGCCUUCAAAUUUCCAGUCUCUCAAGUCCUUGAAGAAUCUUACUAUAUCAUCUUGCAAUCUCACUGGCACAAUCCCAAAAGAACUUGGAGAAUAUCGUGAGCUCACUCUCAUUGAUCUCAGUGACAAUUCUCUUUCAGGUGAAAUCCCAAAGGAAAUAUGCCGGCUAAAUAGAUUGCAAAGUUUAUGUCUCAACGGGAACUUUCUUAUAAAAGGCGAAAUUCCUUAUUGCAUUGGAAAUUUGUCAAGUCUUUCAAUUCUGGCACUCUACGAUAAUCAACUCAGUGGGAAAAUUCCAAAAACUAUUGGACAAUUGAGCAAGCUACAGAUAUUUCGAGCUGGUGGGACUUAUCUAGAAGGUGAACUACCAAUGGAGACAGGAAACUGCACCAACUUAGUAUUUUUAGGCUUCGCUUGUACCAACAUUUCUGGAAGUAUUCCUUCGUCAAUUGGAAUGCUCAAAAGAAUUCAACACUUACUCCUUCAUGAAACACAACUGUCAGGUCAUAUCCCAGAAGAGAUUGGAAACUGCAGUAAAUUGCAGUACCUGUUCUUGUAUAGUACUUCAAUUUCUGGUCCAAUCCCAAGUCAAAUUGGAAGCUGCAAAGAACUGAUAUUUAUUGAUGUCUCAACGAAUCUUCUAAAUGGCAGCAUACCGAGAAGCUUUGUAAAACUUAUGAAGCUUCAAGAAGUAGACUUAUGGGGUAACGACUUUGAGGGUGCAAUUCCUGAGGAUUUUGGAAACUGCACAGGGUUGAAAAUCUUUGAUGCCUCUAAUAAUUUUCUCACUGGCAGCAUACCGAGAAGUUUUGAAAAACUUGUGAAGCUUCAGGAUCUAAAAUUAUGGAACAAUAGUUUAGUGGGUGCAAUUCCUGAUUAUUUUGGAAACUACACGGAGUUGACAUUCUUGGAUAUCUCAAGGAAUCUUAUAAUGGGCAGUAUACCGAGAAGUUUUGGAAAACUUGCGAAGCUUCAAUUCCUUCACUUAAGUGUCAAUCAGUUGUCAGGUAUAAUACCUGUUGAAAUUGUAAACUGCACAAAGCUGAUCAAUCUGACCUUAGGCUACAAUAAAUUUUCAGGUGAGUUUCCUGCUGGUCCAUUGGCAAUCUAA